AUGCUGGGGCUCUGGCUGCUGGUUCUGCUGUCCUGUGGGCGAACCCUGCUCAGCGAUGACCUGGACAAGGGCUGGUGCUCCACUUGGGGGGCCGGCCACUUCUCCACCUUCGACCGCCACAUGUACGACUUCUCGGGGACGUGCAACUACAUCUUCGCAGCCAGCUGCCAGGAUGCCUCACCCACCUUCAGCAUCCAGCUGCGGCGAGGCCCUGAUGGGAACAUCUCCCGGAUCAUCGUGGAGCUGGGGGCCUCUGUGGUCACCGUGAAUGAGGCGACUACCUCCAUCAAGGAUGUUGGGGUCGUCAGCCUGCCCUACACCGGCAACGGGCUGCAGGUCAUGCCUUUUGGCCAGGGUGUGCAGCUGGUGGCCAAGCAGCUGGAGCUGGAGCUGGAGGUCCUGUGGGGCCCAGAUGCCCACCUCAUGGUCCUGGUGGAGCAGAAGUACAUGGGCCAGGUGUGCGGGCUAUGCGGGAACUUCGACGGGAAGGACACCAACGAGUUUCUUAGCGAAGAUGGCGAACUCCUAGAGCUGCACAAGUAUGCUGCCCUCCAGAAGCUGGAUGACCCCAAUGAGAUCUGUGUCUACCAGGCCAUCCCCAACCCCACAGUCCUGCAGGACCAGCACGCUGAAAUCUGCGCCCAGCUGCUGACCCUAGUGUCGUCUGAGUGUGACGUGCCCAAGGAGCCGUUUGUGAGGAGCUGCCAGGCAGACAUGGCCACGUGCACCCACCCGGACCAGCACAACUGCAGCUGCGCCACGCUGUCCGAGUACUCCCGCCAGUGCAGCAUGGAUGAUGAGCCCGUCAGCAGCUGGCGGAGCCCCAGCCUCUGCUCCGUGGGCCAGUGCCCAGCCACCCAGGUGUACCAGGAGUGCGGUGCGGCCUGCGCCAAGACCUGCUCCAACCCGCAGCACAGCUGCUCCAGCUUCUGCACCUUUGGCUGCUUUUGCCCGGAAGGUACGGUCCUUAAUGACCUCUCCAAAAACCACACCUGCGUGCCAGUCGCCCAGUGCCCCUGCAUGCUCAACGGGGCAGUCUAUGCCCCCGGGGAGGUCACCAUGGCCGCCUGCCAAACCUGCCAGUGCACCAUGGGCCGCUGGACAUGCACAGAGCGGCCAUGCCCCGGCCACUGCUCCCUGGAAGGCGGAUCCUUCGUCACCACGUUCGACGCCAGGCCCUACCGCUUCCAUGGAACCUGCACCUACAUCCUCCUCCAGAGCCCCCAGCUCCCCCACGAGGGUACCCUCAUGGCUGUGUAUGGCAAGUCAGGUUACUCCCACUCGGAGACCUCCCUAGUGGCUGUCAUCUACCUGUCCAGUGAGGACAAAAUCAUGAUCUCUCAGGACGGGGUGAUCACAGACAACGGAGACACUAAGUGGUUGCCGUACAAGACCGGCAACAUCACGGUCUUCAGGCAGACGUCCACCCAUCUGCAGAUGGCCACCACCUUUGGGCUGGAGCUCGUGAUACAGCUGCAACCCAUCUUCCAGGUGUACAUCACUGUUGGGCCCCAAUUCAGGGACCAGACCCGAGGGCUCUGCGGCAACUUCAACGGGGACACAACCGACGACUUCACAACCAGCGUGGGCAUCACCGAAGGCACGGCCUCACUGUUUGUGGACUCCUGGCGGGCGGGGAACUGCCCAGCUGCCCUGGAGCGUGAGACCGACCCCUGCUCCAUGAGCCAGCUCAACAAGGUGUGCUCAGAGACCCACUGCUCAGUGCUACUGAAGAAGGGCGCCGUGUUCGAGAAGUGCCACGCCACGGUGGACCCCAAGCCCUUCUACAAGAGGUGUGUGUACCAGGCCUGCAACUACGAGGAGACAUUCCCCCACAUCUGUGCGGCCCUGGGCAACUACGCACGUGCCUGCUCCUUGCGGGGUGUACUGCUCUGGGGCUGGAGAAACAGCGUGGACAACUGCACCGUCCCUUGCACAGGCAACUGCACAUUCAGCUACAACAGCCAGGCCUGUGACCGCACCUGCCUGUCACUGUCCCACCCUGAGGCUGAGUGCCACCCCAGCGCAGUCCCUGUGGAUGGCUGCAACUGCCCCGAAGGCACCUACCUGGACCACAGGGACGAGUGUGUUCACAAGGCCCAGUGCCCCUGUGUGCUGGAGGACGGCAAGUUCAUCCUGCCUCAGCAGUCUACUGUGGUCAAAGGCGUCAUCUGCUACUGCAUCAAUGGGCAGCUGAGCUGCCGCGGGCAGCCGCAGACACUCUUGGCUUCCUGCUCAGCUCCCAAGACGUUUCAGUCCUGCGGCCAGUCUUCGGAAAACAAGUUUGCUGCGGCCUGCGCCCCCACGUGCCAGAUGCUGGCCACUGGCAUCACCUGCGUGCCCACCAAGUGUGAACCUGGCUGUGUCUGUGCCAAGGGGCUCUAUGAGAAUGCCAAUGGGCAGUGUGUGCCCCCCGAAGAGUGCCCAUGCGAGUUUGCAGGGGUCUCCUACCCCGGGGGAGCCGAGCUCCACACUGACUGUAAGACCUGCACCUGCUCAAGGGGGAAGUGGACAUGCCUGCAGAGCGCCCACUGUCCCUCCACCUGCACCCUCUACGGGGAGGGCCAUGUGGUCACCUUCGACGGGCAGCGCUUUGUGUUUGACGGCACCUGCGAGUACAUCCUGGCCACGGACGGCUGUGGCGCUAACAACUCCCAGUCCACCUUCAAGAUCAUGACAGAGAACGUCAUCUGUGGGAAGUUGGGGGUCACAUGCUCCCGGGCCAUCAAGAUCUUCCUGGGGGGCCUUUCCAUCAUGCUGGCGAGCAGAAACUACACAGUCAGCGGGGAGGACCCCCGUGUGCAGUUCCGGGUGAAGCCCGGCUCCCUGAACCUGGUUCUAGACAUCAGCAUCCCAGGAAAGUACAGCCUGACGCUCAUCUGGAACAGGCACAUGACCCUCUUCAUCAAGGUCACUCGCGCCUCCCAGGACGCCCUCUGUGGCUUGUGCGGCAACCACAAUGGGAACAUGAAGGAUGACUUUGAGACGCGCAGCAAGUAUGUGGCAUCCAGCGAGCUGGAGUUUGUGAACUCGUGGAAGGAGAGCCCGCUGUGCGGGGACGUGAGCUUUGUGGCAGAGCCCUGCAGCCUCAAUGCCUUCCGCCGCUCUUGGGCAGAGCGCAAGUGCGGCAUCAUCAACAGCCAGACCUUCGCCACCUGCCACGGCAAGGUGUACCGCAUGCCCUACUACGAGGCCUGCGUGCGUGACACUUGUGGGUGUGACGAAGGUGGGGACUGCGAGUGUCUGUGCGAUGCUGUGGCUGCCUACGCCAAGGCCUGCCUGGACAAGGGCGUGUGCGUGGACUGGAGGGCCCCAGACUUCUGCCCGAUCUACUGCGACUUCUACAACACCCACACGAGGGUGGGCAGCGGCCAGUACCAGUACGUGCAGGAGGCCAACUGCACCUGGCACUACCAGCCGUGUCUCUGCCCCGGCCAGCUGCUGAGCAUCCCGGACACCAACAUGGAAGGCUGCUACAACUGCUCCCAAGAUGAGUACUUUGACCAUGAUGCGGGGAUGUGUGUGCCAUGUGAACCACCUCAAACCACCACCACUGUCACUCCACGAACAAAACUGCUGCCGACGCCCACAGCCAAGCUGAGAUCAACAGCUACAGGACCCACUGUGACCCAGGCCGUGACCCAGCCCACAGCACCCUCCCCAGGCCUGGCCACAAAGUCCACAGCUCAGUCCACGGCACGCACAACAGAGGCACCACCAGCCCCACCAGUGGCAGGAACCACCCCAAGCCCAGGGAACCCAACACCACGCAACGACCUGGACGAGACAGCACAAAGGAAGACCUACUACCCCUGCCAGCAGAGCUACCCAAACAACACAUCCAUCUGGCCACACCGCCACGCCCAUGGAAACAGCAACAAGGAAAGCAACAACUCCAAGCACGAACCACCUCAAACCACCACCACUGUCACUCCACGAACAAAACUGCUGCCGACGCCCACAGCCAAGCUGAGAUCAACAGCUACAGGACCCACUGUGACCCAGGCCGUGACCCAGCCCACAGCACCCUCCCCAGGCCUGGCCACAAAGUCCACAGCUCAGUCCACGGCACGCACAACAGAGGCACCACCAGCCCCACCAGUGGCAGGAACCACCCCAAGCCCAGCAACAAGGAAAGCAACAACUCCAAGCACGGUGUCCUCGACCAAAACCCAAAAAAUCCCGUUUGCCACCAUGUCCCCAACCACAGUGUCUGUCCCCAACUCUCAAUACACCACAGGGCUCCCCUCCAGAACAUCCUUCAAGACCCCCACCAGCCAGCCAACCCCAUCACAUGCACAGACCUCCCUUGCCACUCACGUUCUACCAUUUUCUACCUCCUCGGUCACUCCAACUUCUCACACGAUCCUCAGGCCCAGCAGCCCAGAGUUGGCCUCUUCCGCCUCCACCCCAACCUCCACCCCAGCAUCAACAGGGACCAUUCCUUCAACAACAACGUUCAUGGGCACAGGACCCACACACACAGCCGAACCAGUGACUCGGACCACCAGUGGGACCAGCCAAGCCCACACGUCAGUCGGCACAGUCACAACCUCAAGUCCCUUGGUGUCUCACCCUUCCUACACACCCCACCAUGAGUCCACAUCAGCUUCUGCCACCACCGUCACCCCAAAGCCCACCAAUACAACUGGGACACCGGUGGUCCACACCACUUCACUCACACCAAGCACUCCCCACACCUCGUUCACCACACACUCCCGACCCACAGGUUCUGUCUCCACCACUCCACACACCACAGGACUUCCCUCUAUGACAUCCUUCAAGACCACCACCAGCCAGCCAACCCCAUCACACGCACAGACCUCCCUUGCCACUCACGUUCCACCAUUUUCUACCUCCUCGGUCACUCCAACUUCUCACACGAUCCUCAGCCCCAGCAGCCCAGAGUUGGCCUCUUCCGCCUCCACCCCAACCUCCACCCCAGCAUCAACAGGGACCAUUCCUUCAACAACAACGUUCAUGGGCACAGGACCCACACACACAGCCGAACCAGUGACUAGGACCACCAGUGGGACCAGCCAAGCCCACAUGACUUCCCUCUAUGACAUCCUUCAAGACCACCACCAGCCAGCCAACCCCAUCACACGCACUGACCUCCCUUGCCACUCACGUUCCACCAUUUUCUACCUCCUCGGUCACUCCAACUUCGCACCCGGUACUCAGCUCCAGCAGCCCAGAGAUGGCCUCUUCCGCCUCCACCCCAACAUCAACAGGGACCAUUCCUUCAACAACAACGUUCACGGGCACAGGACCCACACACACAGCCGAACCAGUUCUGUCUCCACCACUCCACACACCACAGGACUUCCCUCUAUGACAUCCUUCAAGACCACCACCAGCCAGCCAACCCCAUCACACGCACUGACCUCCCUUGCCACUCACGUUCCACCAUUUUCUACCUCCUCGGUCACUCCAACUUCGCACCCGGUACUCAGCUCCAGCAGCCCAGAGAUGGCCUCUUCCACCUCCACCCCAACAUCAACAGGGACCAUUCCUCCAAUAACAACGUUCACGGGCACAGGACCCACACACACAGCCAAACCAGUGACUCGGACCACCAGUGGGACCAGCCAAGGCCACAGCUCAGUCGGCACGGGCACAAGCUCACACUCCAACUUCGCACCCGGUACUCAGCUCCAGCAGCCCAGAGAUGGCCUCUUCCACCUCCAUCCCAACAUCAACAGGGACCAUUCCUCCAAUAACAACGUUCACGGGCACAGGACCCACACACACAGCCGAACCAGUGACUCGGACCACCAGUGGGACCAGCCAAGGCCACAGCUCAGUCGGCACGGGCACAAGCUCAACUUCCCUACUACCUCCACUCCUAUUAGGGCCUCUUUGUCACCUCCUGCCACCCUGUCUACCCCUCACUUUGCCUCUCCUUCCAUGCCUCCUGUCCACGUGUCUCUCACUCCAUUCCCUGUCGCAGUCUCCAGUACCACAGGCCCUCUGUCCACACCCAGGACCACAUCCAGCGUCCCCGUUUCCUCUGUGUUCUCCUCUCAGUCCACCACCUCGCGAUUCACUUCUCUCACCUCGCGAGUCCCCACGCCAGGCCUUGCAUCAUCCACCCUGGGCGUGACAGCCAUCCCAAGUUCUCCAGCCACCAACCUCACCACCAGGCAUCCUGGGACCAUGCAACUGCCUACCACUGUGUUCCUGACUAGCCCCUUCAGAGGGUCCUCUUCCACUGAGGGCCCCAAGGUCUCUCUUGGUACAUCUGCACUCAGCUCACCCGGGGUCUGUAGUGUGCAGGAGCAGGAGGAGAAGAUUACGUACAAGGGGUGCACAGUGAACGUGACCCUGACCCGUUGUGAGGGCGUCUGCGCCUCCUCCGCCAGCUUCAACAUCAACACCCAGCAGGUGGACGCCCACUGCAGCUGUUGCCACCCCCUGAGCUCCCACGAGAAGCAGCUCAAGCUGCCUUGCCAGGACCCCAGUGUGCCAGGACAGUGGCUGGAGCUCACUCUGCAGGUGUUCAGAAGCUGUGUGUGCAGCCCCCAGCGCUGUGGAGUCUAG